AUGGAAAAUCGAGAUAAAGUUCUUGCUGAUAAUAGACCCACUUUUGAUAAGAAACCUGUAAUUUGCAAACCUUGGCACAAGGACAUUGUUGAUUUCAAAGAUGAAGUCAAGGUGGUUCCUAUUUGGAUUCAUUUGAAACACCUAGAUCUUAAAUUUUGGGGAAAUCGUAGUUUGGGUAAGAUAGUGAGUUCUAUUGGGGAAUUCAUCCAAGCUGAUCAAGCAACCAUCAAUAGGGACAAACUGCAAUUUGUUAGGGUCCAGGUGGAAGUUGCUUUAUCUCAGGAUUUACCUGACUGUGUGAAAUUCCAGGAUGAACAUGGUAUUUUGAAAACAAUUAAGGUUGGAUAUGAAUGGAAGCCAAUUGUUUGUGAACAUUGCAAGUUACUUGGGCACCUUGCUGUGGACUGCAGGAAGAAAAAAGGGAAGAAGGUGUGGGUGGCUAAAACAAACCAGACCAUACAACCAGUUACUAGGGACAGUGUUGUUCAGGAUACUGGUGAUGGGGAUGAGGGUUUUGUACAAGCCAUCAACACUUUCCAGAUUAGACAGGAAAGCAUUUCACCAGUUGUGGUGGCAAAUUCUUUCCAGAUGCUGCAGGAUAAUGGGGGUAACAUAGAAGAUACCAUUGAUAGUGGUGUAACUGCAUUAGAUGAUGGGGGUGGACUACCUCCUGAUUCUAAUGGAUAG